AUGAUUCAAAAAAAACACAGAAUCAUUAAACAAAUUCAUAAACCACAAACAUACCUUCUUCCUGAAAAUGGGUUUUGUUUGACCACCAUAACCUUGCUGUUUACGGUCGUAUCUCCUUCUUCCUUGAGAAGCAUGCCUUUCCUUAGACUUUUUAUACUGUGUUACUUUGUGAAGCUUGUGGACUUUACAUUUUUUGCAAAAUGUACGUCUCUGUUUCGGAACUCACCAUUAUGGACUUCCAAGAGAUCACACAAUAAGGAAUCGAGUAGCUCCCAAUGCUCACUUGAUGGUGAUACCUAG